CUGCCGACUACUGGUCGAUACAGACACUCUUGCUGGAGUUUCUGUCACUUAGAGGCCAAAACCCAGCAGCUACAGAGUCUGGUCAUGUAUGUCAAGCCUUUACUGGGGAUCCUGCUCUUCGUUUUCAUCCAGGAGGCGUCUCUGCAGGAUUACGACUACAACUAUGAGGAUGAUGUUCACGAGAAUCCGCAGCCUCUGAACUGCUCGGUCACAGAGAGCAUCAAAGAUGGACAUGUCACCUACUCUCAGGGAGGCCUGGAGGGCAGCGUGCUGACCUACCACUGUGGCCCGGGCCAGUACCCAUUCCCAGUCAGCUCCAGGGCCUGCGGUGCUGAUGGCCAGUGGUCCGCCAUGAGGUUGGCCAACGGCAGACCUGUGUCCAGCGCCAGAUGCAAAGAUGUGUUGUGUCCUGCUCAGCUCCAGCUGGACAACGGGGACUUCUGGCCCAGAGAGCAGUGGUUCCGUGUUGGGGCGACGCAGAGCUUCUCCUGCCAGGAAGGGUUCACCCUGCAGGGGUCGGCAGAGAGGAACUGCACCGACUCUGGGGAGUGGACGGGAGCCACUCCGGUCUGUGACAACCACGCGGACGACUGCAGCGAUCCAGGAGUCCCGCCCGGAGCCCAGAGGUCAGCUGGCCGCUUUCACACCGGAGAGAAGGUGAUUUACCAGUGCCAGGCUGGUCUGGACCUGCUCGGCUCAGCUGAGAGGGUUUGCCUGGAGAACAGGGAGUGGAGCGGCUCGGCACCGCGGUGCCAAGGCCCACACUCCUUUGACUCUCCUAGUAGAGUGGCUGCAGCCAUGGCAGAAUCACUGGCAGGGUUGAUGGACGUACUCUCACCAGACUCCAAAAAGAAAGAUGAGGGCACAACCUUUGGCCGAACCUUCCAAGUGUCUGAAGGCAGUCGUAUGAACGUCUACAUUCUCCUGGACACAUCUGGAAGCAUCAGGAAGGAGGACUUUGAACUGUCCAGAGACGCCACCGUUGCUCUGAUCAGAAAGCUGGACAGCUACGACGUACAGAUGAACUUCCACGUGGUGUCGUUUGCCAGCGAGACUAAAAACAUUGUGAACAUCUCGGACACGGACACAAGCAGUAGCGCCGAGGACGUCAUAUGGUAUCUGAUGCAGUUCGACUACCACAGCCACGGGCGUAAGACGGGCACCAACCUCUACUCUGCGCUGCACAGUGUCAGCGAGGAGAUCAACUACUUGAAGCAAAACAGCGCCACCAACCACUUCAAUGAGACUCAGAACAUCAUCAUCAUAGAAACAGACGGCCACUCCAACACAGGGAUCCGGCCUCAGAUCGCUCUGGCUCGGAUCCGCCACUUGCUGGGCUACAAGGACUCACUCGACGAUCACGCACUGGAGACGAUGCUCGACAUCUAUGUGUUUGGCAUCGGGGAGAAAGUCAACAAAAAAGAGUUGAACUCUUUGGCUUCAAAGAAACCCAGCGAGCAGCAUUUGUUCAUUCUGAAAAACUACAAAAUGCUGGGAAGGGUGUUCAACAGCAUCAUCAGUGACCAGAGUGUGACGAUGUGUGGAAUCGCUCAGGAAGUCGUCUCCAAGCACUCAGCGGCCUACACCCAGCCCUGGCACGUGGCUCUGAAAUCAUCUGAAUGGGGGCCUGAAAAGUCCUGUUUCGGAUCCAUUGUGAGCCCGAACUGGGUGCUGACAGCUGCUCACUGCUUUGCCAGAGAGAGCAAAGGCAGAGUCCCAACGCAACUGGACAUCGAGUACGGUGGCGGCGUGGUGAUGUUCAAGAGAAUCAUCAUGCACCCCGCGUACAACAUCAACACACUGAAACACAGAAACGUGUCUGAGUUCUAUGAGUAUGAUGUGGCUCUGGUACAGGUGAACAGCAGCAUCCCGCUCUCCUGGAAGGCCCGACCCAUCUGCUUGCCGUGUACCGUACCGGGCUCCCGGGCCAUGAGGAAGCUCAACUCCACCUGUGACGAGCACAAGAAGGAACUACUGGCACACAAGGAGACUUCUGCCUUUUUCAUCCAUAAGAAAUCCGUCAGUCAGUCGGAACGCAAAGAGACACACAUUCACACAGAGAAUCAGAGGCCCGACUGCGUGGAGAAGGCCAGGAGAACACUUAAAGAGCCCACAGAUGUGACUUUGGACGAGUAUGUACCGGACACAUUCCUCUGCACUGGAGGCACCGCGGGAUACAAGGACGCUAUCGCCUGCAAAGGUGACUCUGGUGGAUCCCUGUUUCUGCAAAAGAGAAAGCGCUACUUUCAGGUGGGGGUGUUGAGCUGGGGCAUCAUGGAUGUGUGCGCUCUAGGAUACAGCAGCAAUAAGCCGCCUCCUGAGGCUCGGGACUUUCACAUCGACCUCUUCAAGAUAAUGCCGUGGCUCAAAAAGCACCUGGGCAAUGAGAUUCAGUUCCUGCCAGAGAUCAACUGAGUGGAUCCAGAACCCGUCUGCAGACUUUGAAUCAAAAAAGAAGUGACCGUGGGUAGAUUUCAAAGCUUUAUUGUCUAACUGAGUGACAGUGUUUAGAGCAGCAGCAGUGCAGUAAAUCACACACAACGUACAGUAUAAAAGAUAUUCUUACUUGCUUUUUCCAUUUCAUUUUUUUACUCCUACAUGCUGAACAAAACUACAUCUGUACACUCAUGUGCAUGGUUUCUUGCAAAAGUCUAGUUAGCGUAACCGUGGAGACGGUGUAGGUACAGGAAAUUAGUCAGACAGAGCGGUGACACAGAUAUCGGCUAAUGCAGCAGACAGUGUAUCAGCUGAAAUAAACAAAAAAACAAAAA